CGUCUGCUACGUCGUGUUUUGAAAACAGCGCGAUCUAUGUUGAUAUCACGUAAAAUUUGCAAGCGGCCGUAUUUCUCAUGAUAACUUUGCUGAAUAUUUGCCGGCUUAACUUUCGGCGAGUUGUAAGUAAUUACAGUACCUGUUUAAAAAUGUCUGAAGUUUUAAAAACUGUUGAAGAUGUUGACAUUGACCCUUGUGGAGUUUACAAGUACAUCCUCAUUGAAGUCCAAGAAAAGAAAACAAAAGAAAAGAAAAAUAUUGUCAGAGGAUAUGCCAGGUGUGAAUAUCAUGCUGACAUUCUCGAUGAAGUAGAGAUUGCUUUAAAAAAAAUUAGUACCAAUUUGAAAGCUAAAUGCGUUGGAGGAGGACGAAUUCAACAUGAUGCCGAAACUAAGAAAAUCAAGGUUUACGGAUAUUCUCAGGGAUUCGGAAAAGCUGAUCAUGAAAUAAGUACGAAUUUACUCAAGAAAAAAUAUUCAGAUUAUACAAUCACUUGGUCAGAUGAAGGAUAUUAAAAUUUCAUGUAUUAUUAUAUAUGUAUAUUUUCAUCAAUAAAAUAAAGAUUAAUAACAUA